GUAAAGCUCUCUCGUCCCAGCAAUCUCUUCCCCUCUCUCUCUCUACUUUGUUUUCUACUAUAUAUAACCAGAGAUUAGACUCGCUCUUAAACUCUCAUUCGCAACUCACUGUCUCUAUCUUCCAAUCACUUUCUGUUGCCUUAUAGUGAGAGCUCCAUACUUUUUAUUCUCUCUCUAGAACUUUCUCUCUCUAGAACCAUGGCCUCAUUUUUUUAUUAGUUUCUCUCUCUAAAACUCAGUCUGUGUCCUGUUGUUGAGCCAUAAACAGGGGAGGCUCUGAACUUUUUCCCUCUCUCUCUACAACUUUCUCUCUCUAAAACCAUGGCCGCGCCUCAAGCACGAAGAACGGAGGACUCAACGUCGAUUCGAGUCGCCCUGAUCGACGAAGCGGACACUCAACUCGACAAGUCCUUGCACAGAUUGGAAUCGUUCCUCCGAUUCUUCGGCUUCUGCCAGUACUCUCCGGUGAGCACCAUUCUCUCGUGGCUCGCCUACGCCGUCAUCGGCGUCGCCCUGCCGGUGAUCGCCAUCCGGUUCUCCUACUGCUCUAACUGCGAGAAGUAUCAGAUCAGGGUGUUCGAGCUCGAGAUUCUGACCUCCCAAUUGAUUCUCGCUGCGAUUUCGCUUCUCUGCAUUUCGCACAAUCUUCGCAAGUACGGCUUGAGGAACACCCUCUUCGUGGAUCGGUAUCACGGUCACACGAUCCAGUUUCGCGACGAGUACAUCAAGAAGAUCAAUGGUUUUUUCCGGGUGCUGAUUGUGUGGAUCCUACCGUGCUUUCUAUUGAAGACUGCCCGUGAGGUCGUCCGUGUUAUCUACUUGCGUCAUGAUUUGUGGUGGCAUUCCGUCAUUCUUGUGUUGGCUUUACUCGUAUCAUGGACUUAUUCGAUUAUAAUCUAUCUAUCAGGAACUGCUCUGUUCAAUUUGGCUUGUAAUAUGCAAGCGAUACACUUUGAAAACUAUGGGAAGCUAUUAGAGAGGGAUUUGGAUGUUUCAGUUUACAUCGAAGAGCACACUCGUCUAACACAUUACUUGUCUAAAAUAAGCCACAGAUUCCGAAUAUUUCUUCUUCUGGAGUUCUUGGUUGUAACAGCUAGUCAGUUUAUUUCUCUAUUGCAGACAACCGGAAAUGUUGGAAUCCUCAACAUCAUCAACGCUGGUGAUUUCGUUGUCUGCUCAAUUGUUGAAGUUGUUGGAAUAAUUCUUUGUCUGCAUGCGGCUGCAAAGAUUUCACAUAGAGCUCAAGGUGUCGGAUCAGUUGCUAGCAGAUGGCAUGCUUUUGUCACAUCCUUUUCUAAUGAUGCUUCUCAGAUGGGAACUCCAACUAAUGGUGGAAACUUGGAACCUGCCUAUCCAACAUGCGCAUUACCAAUAAGCUACUCAGAAAGUGAUUUGGAAUCGGUUGAUUAUGUGCCCAUGCCCACAAAUACCCAGUUGGCUUCUCAUGCGUCUUCGUACCACAAGAGACAAGCCUUUGUUUCCUAUGUGCAGUCCAACCUUGGAGGGUUCAGUGUCUUUGGGUGGACCAUUGAUCGGAUGCUUGUUAACACGAUCUUCUUCAUUGAGCUCUCUCUGGUCUUUUUUGUCCUCGGGAAGACUAUAACUAUCACUACCAAAUGACAUCUACAAAAAACCGUCCGGAGGUUUGUCCACAGCAGCAGCUUGCCUCCACCUCGUUUUGUAAGCAGCCCCAACGUUUGCUUGGGUUUUUCUUCUCUUUGGUAAUCUACCAGUUAGUCUCCACAUUUUGGCGAUUUGUCUAUUGGACAAUUUGUAUUCUAUUUGCAUUAGGAUCCCGAUUCAUGGAUAUCCAUAUUUUCAUAUGAUAUCUACAAGUAGAAGUGGCAGCCAUUUUUAUUGUGAUGUUGCUAGUAGGAAAGAAUCAUAUGACAGUUUGAUUUAAUACCAACCAAUCAAUUACUCGAGCUUCCGACAUUCCAGAUCAUUUCGCUAGUGGACCGAGAAAUGUUGGUGGCCUUCGGUUUUGUUCGUCCCACCAAAGGACUUUGAAGUUAAUUUUUUUGCAUUUUCUGGUUGGUUUUUGUAUCCUUAUUGUUCUUCAUUUUGGUAGUUUAAACUACCAAGUUUAUUUCUCCAUGCAAGAUCAUUAAUAGAAUCAUAGGAACAUCCAGUGUUUCAACGAGUCUCUUUCGAGUUGGAUUGUUGUAAUCAGUCGAGAUCUUUUAUGCUUGUGAAGAAGAAAGUGAGAACAUGUAUUCUGCGUUUGCAAUAUUCAUGUAAUAGAUUUACACAUUUUGUUGCUUGCAAUUGUGGUUCUUUUUUAUCUGAA